AGGCUGUGCGCAACUCCAUCACCAUCGAAGCCGUCAAACACACACAAGCCCUCCCUCUCUCUUUGUUAAGGAACUAGGGUUUCGGUCCGCAAUGGGAGUGUUCACGUUCGUGUGCAGGAACUCCGGCGACGAGUGGACGGGCAAAUCGUUGUCGGGGGACCUGGAGGCGUCGGCAGGGUCCACCUUUGAGCUCCAGAGGAAGCUCGUCCACACCGCUCUCUCCGCCGACUCCUCCGGUGGAGUCCAGUCCUCCUUCUCCUUCGUCACCCCCACCUCCGGAGUCUUCCAGGUGAUUAUUGGCGGUGCCAGCGGUGGUGCUUUCAUUGGAGGAGGUGGAGCAGCUGCGGCAGCUCCUGGAGGAGGUGCGGCACCAGCUGCUGAAGCAGAAAAGAAAGAAGAGAAGAAGGAAGAGAAGGAUGAAGAGAGUGAUGAGGGAGACAUGGGAUUCUCACUCUUUGAUUAGAGCAUUUCUCAGUAGCCAUCGAGUUAUCUAUUAUCUUAUUAUGGUUUGGUUUUAGUUCUAUCUUUUUUGUUGGGUCCUUGCGACUUAUUAAUACCAUUAGAUCUUGUUAAUUGGGAUGAUAUGAUCAAGGGACAUGAUAAUUUUUUGUGCUGAGAUAUCUUUGUUGGACAAUUCAAGGGCUGUCUGCAUUUUAAGCUUCUCAAUUGAAAAUGAUUGUUUCUUCCUAGGCUA